AUGCCUGCAUAUCACUCCAUCUUCCUGGAGGACCGCGAUGUUCCCGUGAUAGGAAAUUUCCCUAUUCUUCCCCUACGGACCCGUACUCGUGGCCCCGCAUACACAUUGCCCCCGCUUAACAUCGACGACAUCGACGUGUCCCCAGAAAGUGAAUCAUAUGAUUGUGUUGAUGAGAUCCUAUCGCUCUUCCGUGCCAAUGUCCUGUUCCGCAACUUUGAGAUCAAUGGUCCUGCGGAUCGCAUGCUCAUUUACGGAACUCUGUUUAUUAGCGACUGCCUUGGAAAGGUCAAGCCAACAAUGACUGCCCGGGAGGCGGAGAAGGCCCUAACCAACGCCGCCCUCGAUAACUUUGCUAUUCCCGGAGAUGUGUCGUUCCCGCUUAACCAGGCCUUUGAGCCCCCGCGUGACCGCCAGGAUGCCGAGACUCUUCGCCAGUUCAUUUCGCAGGUGCGACAGGAGAUCGCCAUCCGCCUACACGCUAAAUUAUACCCCGGUGGAGUCGGGCCAUCAAAGUUCUGGUUGAGUUUCACGAAGAGAAAGUUCAUGGGAAAGAGUCUCUAG